CAAAAACAUGGUGAAUGCAUCACAGAAAUUAAUGGUAGUGUGAAAGAAAGAGAGAGAAAUAAAAGUAAGAAAAGAAGGAGAAAAAAAGUGUGAGUGUGUGUGAGAGAGUUUAGAAAAAACUACCAUGGCAUCUUCAAAUUCACCAUGUGCAGCAUGCAAGUUUCUACGCCGCAAAUGCCAACCAGAAUGUGCAUUUGCACCUUAUUUUCCACCUGAUCAGCCUCAAAAAUUUGCAAAUGUUCAUAGAAUUUUUGGGGCAAGUAAUGUUACAAAGCUUCUCAAUGAUUUACACCCUCACCAACGUGAAGAUGCUGUUAAUUCUCUUGCUUAUGAAGCUGAAAUGAGGCUUCGUGAUCCUGUUUACGGUUGCGUAGGUGUAAUUUCUCUUCUUCAACACCAACUUCGUCAGCUUCAAAUGGAUCUUUAUUGCGCCAAAUCCGAACUCUCUCGGUACCAAAACUUAAGCAUCGCAGCGGCCACUACCGGUCUCCUGACGGGUGAAUCUGUAACGGCCGCUACGACUAAUUACCACCACCAUACUGGUGGUGGUAAUAACAGUAACGGCAAUAGCCGUGAUAGUAACCAUCAUUAUCAUCUUCAGCACCAUCAUCACCAUCAGUUUUUUCCAAGGGAUCAACAUCAACAACAUAAUUUGGUUAGAAACUUUGAUGCUGGAAUUGGAAACAACUAUGAUGCGAGUCUUUUGGCUAUGAAUAUAUCUGCUAGCUUAGGUCAGAUCAAUCAGCUUCAACAUCACAGUGCCACCGGUGGUGGUGGUGAUGACCGCCGUACUGUUAACCGCUCCUAGGGUUUCUUGAUGCAAUAGGAGUUUUCACAUUACUAGCUGGAGAAAAGAACUGAACCUGCAAUCUUCAUUUUUGAUGGACACUCAAAGGAUAAUGUUCAUCGGUCAAAGCUUGAGUCGGUUUUUUUUUUUUUUUUUUUUUUUAUUUAUAUUAUUACAAAAUAUCUAGACAGAAAAUUAUAUAUAUGAUGUCAACAUGAAGUUAUGA